AUGGACUCCACACCCAAAACCUGUAUAGAUCAAUUCACUCACCCUCACCACCAUCCUCUAACAACCACAGCUGACUAUAACCAACGAUUCUUUUGCAAUGGCUGCCGGACUACCGGAAUCGGGCAGCGAUUCUGGUGCAACGCCUGCAAUUUAGACCUCCACGGCUUCUGCGCCACCUGCCCCCGGUCCCUCUCCUCCUUCAUGCAUCCCCACCCCCUCACCCUCCUCGUACCGAACCCGGCAUCAUCCGUGCACCUCGUCUGCGACCUCUGUCGCGAAACGAUCCACGGCCUCUUCUACCGGUGCGCGGACUGCAAUUUCAACGUGCACCCAAUCUGCACGAAGCUGCCGGAGAGGAUCAAUCACAUUCUUGACAGAAUCCAUCUUUUGAUCCUCCAAUCCCCGCCUGCAGACGGCGCAGGUAGCACCUGCGCCGUCUGCUUGCACCUAUGCGCCGGGUGGCGCUACGCGUGCCGUGCCUGUAGGGUUGACAUUCACCUGGAGUGUGUGUUGGGUCCCGCAGCCGGGCACCAACAACAUGUCCAUAGUAGGACUGGUCAACAGGAAAUCCCCAUGUUCAAUCAGAAAAUGGGGAAUAUUCCUAUUGGUCAACAGGGAAUCCCCAUAUUCAAUCAGAACAUGGGGAUUCCUUUCCACGCCCCGCCAUGGAGGGUUGCUCCGUUUUACGGGAUUCCUUUCCAUGCCCAGCCUCAGACGUUUGGCGGGUAUGGGCCCAGGUUCAAUAUGUACCAUGGUCCAUAUGCAUAUCCACUUUGGCCGCAUAAUUCGCAGGUGGGGGCAAAUAAUAGUCAUAAUUGGAGUCGAUUCGGGAAGACGAUGUUUGAUCUAGUAACGAAGCUUGGAAUGGGAGUGAUGUCGAAUAUGAUUUUUGGAGUGGAUAUAUAUGGAGAUGCACGAGUGAGAUGCAUUGAGAGUGAGAGAGAAGCUCUUCUUAGCUUCAAGAAUGGCCUCAUCUAUAAUCAGGGUAUGCUCUUGUCGUGGCGAAACAACGAAUGUUGCAAAUGGCAUGGUGUUGAGUGCAACAACACCACUGGCCAUGCCAUCACCCUCCAGCUCUAUGGUAUGAAUUAUGAUGGUGAAUUGCAAGGUGAGGUUCAUUCUUUUGGUUGA